UUCACCCAGCGAAGAUGUUCAAAGUUAUUUUUGUAUUGUGCGGAGUGUUGGCUGCCUUGAUUCAGGCUCGUCCCAGCUACUUGCCAAGUUAUGAGCACGUGGAAUAUGCUCCCAGUGUGGUGGGUUAUGAGAGUUAUGCUUUGCCAGCAGCUGUUUCCCAUCAGAGCUCCACGGUGGUGCACGAGAAGCGUCCCUACUGGCGACCCAUUGUGGAUCACACUCCGAUCCUGAAGACAGCCUAUGCUCCUGCCACCUCCAUCUCGUAUGCUCCACUGGGAUAUGCUGGAAGUAGUGCCGGAUGGUAUGAGCCCGGAGUCUGGGGAGGAGCCAGCUAUCCCAGCAUCUACCUGAAGUAGGGAAGUCCACAAGGGAAUAUCUCUCAAGAAAAAUCUCAUGUCGCAUAUGUGCUACGGAGCACUUUUAAAAUCUUUCAAAAUUAUAAUUUCACCGAAUGUGCACAAAA